AUGGAAAAUAACGAUGAAUAUGAUAGGGAACCUAUGGAUGACGAUGUGGCCACAAGCUCAAGGAGACCUCUGCUACCGGAGGUCGACGGAGACGCCGAACCGAAUCCAUGGAUUGCAAGAGGCAUUAUUGCAUUCUGGUUUACUAUGACCGUAGUAGCGAUAUUGUAUCGCAAAGAGAUCACCGAAUUCGUACGCGUUGUCGCAACUAAGGGAGCCGAACAGGGACCACUACUAUACAUAUGCUAUGUCGCACUUUUCGUAAUCACAGUAGCAUUCUGCGUAUCACUAGAAAUUAUGCUCAUCUCCGCCGGGUUCAUCUUCUCCCAUAUACAUGGACAAUUUCUCGGGGUCGGAAUAGCUACAGGAAUCAGCUUCGUAGCGUACUUCAUCACAAUGCUUCUCUGCUUCUUGGCGUCCAGACAUCUGCUAAAAGGAAUUGUAUACAAGUACUUCAGGCACUACAAGUACUACGGCGCACUAAUACGCGCUACUGAAAAAGAAGGGCUGCAAUUGGUUACCAUGAUCAGGCUAUCGCCUUUGUUCCCACCUACUAUUGUAAGCUACAUAUUCGGUAGCACAAACGUAUCCACGAGGGAAUAUUGUAUCGCCAGCUUCGCCGCGAUACCCUCUAUUGCGUUCUUCUCCUAUCUAGGAUCUCUCAUCGAAGAUUUCUCAAAUGAUACUAAACCACCAAAAACUACAGGAGAAGUAGCCAUCUUUAUCGGCAUAUCAAUUGUAAUCACCGUCGCCGGACUAUACUACACCCACAUAGUAGUCAAGAGGCACCUGGAGCCAAACCGCUCACCUCGAAGACAAAACGACGAUGAAACAUCUGCUGCAUAA